AUGGCCUCGCAACUUCUGCCCCCCUCGUGCGAGUCGGUCAUGGACUCGACAGACUACCACAUGCCGCUCUACUCGCCUCGCCACCAGCCUCUCCUUUACUCGGACCACCAGUAUAACCCGCUCUUGCCUACGGGAAUCCCUCCUCGAGGACACGCUCCGAAACUUCCCGGCGUCGCGACGCUACUCCGACGCCACGACACUGCGCAGGCCAUCCACGCAGCAUCUCCUUCGGCGGUCCCUCCAAUGAACUACGACUUGCAGCGUUCUCGGAUCGAGACAAAGGACAGUUGUGUCCCAUCCGAGUGUUGGACACCUCCACACUUGGUCGGACGGGCUCAAUCCAUCACGUCCCCUGCUUUCAAGUGGGUCCCCCUAACGGCUUCGCUGAACCCCUUAAUCUAUGACCAUCCAAUGGACGACCGAACCUGCCAAAGCGACAAGUUCGUCUCGACCCCAACUUUGCCUUUGACUACUACAACUGCUGCUACGCGUACAAGUACCGAAAAGAGUCACGUAAACGAUAUGGACGCGUUACUACUAUCGUCGGACAUUCGGUCCCCUGAACCCGCUCGACCGUAUCGUGACUUGCAGCCAAAGAGCUCGCGCUAUCUCCGCGAGAUCGACCGCCGCCGUAUUCUAUUGCGCAUCGCACAGGGCGAAAAGCAGUCGGCACUGGCAAAAGAGUACCACGUCAGCCGAGCGGCGAUUUGUAACCUCAAUAAACACCGCGCGGAAGUGCUCUCGCGGAAAUACGAACAUCCGCUUGCGAAGCACCCGAAGCGACGAAUGGCGACAAAAGUGCAAGUGCGCGACACAGGAGACGACAGUCAGUGGCGGGACGCGAGCAGUCGAUAG